AGCAGACAAAGGGCCGCGCGCAGGGCACGCCGGGAAGGCGGCGGACUCCAGUUCCCGGCGUGCACCGCGCGGGGGGGGGGUGGGGAGGGAGGUCAUAGGUCAAGGGGCGGGGCCUGAGGGGCGGAAGCGGUGCCCGGCGCGGAGCUCAGUGGGGACCCCCCUCACCCCACGGCGCCCCCAGGCGAUGGCAGCAUGGCCGGGAGCGCGCUGAGGGCGCCGGGCCGGGAGCAGGAGCAGGAGGAGGAGGAGGAGCGGGAUGAGGAUGAGGAUGAGGCCGGAGGCGACGUGGCCGCCGCGUUCCUGCGGCUGGAGCAGGAGCUCAACCGGCUGCUGCGGGAGCUGCCCCCCCCGGGCGAGCCCGUGACCCACAUCUACCGCCCCCUGGACUACGCCUGGGAGCCCCACAGCGACUUCGUGCGGCGCUACUGCCGCGCCCCCAAACGCGUGCUCUUCCUCGGCAUGAACCCCGGCCCCUUCGGCAUGGCCCAGACCGGGGUGCCCUUUGGCGAGGUUUGGCACGUCCGCGAGUGGCUGCGGGUGCGGGGGGGGGUUCAGCGCCCUCACCCGGAGCACCCCAAGCGCCCGGUGCUGGGGCUGAGCUGCCGCCGGGCCGAGGUGAGCGGCGCCCGCUUCUGGGGCCUCAUCCGGCGCCUGUGCCCGGAGCCGCGCCUCUUCUUCCGCCACUGCUUCGUCCACAACCACUGCCCCCUCCUCUUCCUCAGCGCCUCCGGUCGCAACGUGCCCCCCAGCGACCUGCCCCCCCCCCACCGCCGCCUCUUGCUGGAGCUCUGCGACCGGGCGCUGGUGCGGGCGCUGCGGGUGCUGGGCGCGGGGCUGGUGCUGGCGCUGGGCCGCUUCGCCGAGCAGCGCGCCCGCAGCGCCGUGGGGGCCGCGGGGCUGGCGGUCAGGGUGGAGGGGUUGCCCCAUCCCUCCCCGCGGAACCCCCGCGCCAACCGCGCCUGGGAGGAGCUGGCCGUGGCCAGGCUGCGGGAGCUGGGGGUGCUCGACAUGCUGGGGGCGCCGGCGGAAGGGGGAAAGGGAAGCGGGGAAGGGGGGAGCGGCGGGGAAUAGCGCCGGGCCAAGGGUUCCGCGCUUGGGGGCGGGUUUAGGGCAGGUUUAGGGGGUGGGGGGUGGCUCCGUGCCUCAGUUUCCCCACGUAGAAGCUGGUUUAGGGGGUGGGGGGGGGCUGUGUGCCUCAGUUUCCCCACUUAGAAGCUGCUUUAGGACAUCUUUAGGGAUUGGGGGGGGUCUGUGUGCCUCAGUUUCCCCACGUAGAAGCUGGUUUUGGGGGUGGGGGGGGGCUGUGUGCCUCAGUUUCCCCACUUAGAAGCUGCUUUAGGACAUCUUUAGGGAUUGGGGGGGGUCUGUGUGCCUCAGUUUCCCGACGUAGAAGCUGGUUUAGGGGGGGGGGGCUGUGUGCCUCAGUUUCCCCACUUAGAAGCUGCUUUAGGACAUCUUUAGGGAUUAGGGGGGGUCUGUGUGCCUCAGUUUCCCCACGUAGAGCAAGGCUGGGAUGGGGGGGUGGGAUUUAAUGGCUCCAUGACUUGGUUUUCCCACUUAGAAGCUGGUUUAGGGCAGGUUUAGGGGAUUGGGGGGGUCUGUGUGCCUCAGUUUCCCCACUGAGGGCAAAGCUGGGAUGUGGGAGGGGGGUUUUAAUGGGUCCGUGCCUCAGUUUACCUGCUUGGGAGCUGGUUUAGGGCAGUUUUAGGGAGUGGAGGGUGGCUCCGUGCCUCAGUUUCCCCACGUAGAAGCUGGUUUAGGGGAUGGGGGGGGGUCUGUGUGCCUCAGUUUCCCCACCGAGAGCAAGGCUGGGAUGGGGGGGUGGGAUUUGGUGGCUCCAUGACUUGGUUUUCCCACUUGGAAGCUGGUUUAAGGCACCUUUAGGAGAUAGAGGAUGGAUCCGUGCCUCAGUUUCCCCACUUAGAAGCUGGUUUAGGGCACUUUUAGCGAUUGGGGGGGUGUGUGUGCCUCAGUUUCCCCACUGAGAGCAAGGCUGAGAUGUGGGAGGGGGGUUUUUAAUGGGUCCAUGCCUCAGUUUCCCCACUUAUGAGAUAGGUUGGGGCAUCUUUAGGUGAUGGAGGGUGGCUCCGUGCCUCAGUUUCCCCACGUAGAGCAAGGCUGGGAUUGGGGGGGUUGGGAUUUAAUGGGUCCGUGCCUCAGUUUCCCCACUUAGAAGCUGGUUUCGGGCACUUUCAGGGAUUGGGGGGGGUCUGUGUGCCUCAGUUUCCCCACUGACAGCAAGGCUGGGAUGGAGGGGGGGUUUAAUGGCUCCGUGCCUCAGUUUCCCCACGCCUCAGCCCACCCCCUCCAGUGUGCCCAGUUUAACCAGUUUAACACUAACUGCGCUUUGGGGCUCCUCAGCCUCUUGUUCCCCUUAAAAUCCUCCUUUUUGGGGGGGUUUAAGCUAUUUCGCAGCUGCUGCGCUCGCCCUCGGCAGGGAAACUGAGGCACGGGGGGUGUUGGGGGGCACCGUGUGUGUGUCGUGUCCCCCCCCCCCCCCGUGUCUCGGUUUCCCCCCACACCCGCAAUAAAUGUGUCCUGUGGGACCCCA